AUGCUGAUGGGCUUGGACUACAUAGGCAAGACGAGCUUUUUCGAGGACAACCCGCCACUGCCGAAAGAGUCCGGCUAUGCAAUCUUGCUUGGCUUUGGAGCAUUCUUUUCGGUGGUAACCACAGUGUUGGUAUAUCUGGACAAGCAUGUCAAUGGAACCGCGCACACAUCAGAAUUCUUCAACACUGCCGGCCGCACUGUUAAAACAGGCCUGACAGCUUCUGUCAUCGUCUCGCAGUGGACCUGGCCGAGGACACUUCUGCAAUCCUGCAAUGUGGCAUGGCAGUACGGAGUUUCUGGGCCGUUUUGGUACGCCAGCGGCGCAACGAUCCAGGUAGUGUUCUUCGGCAUGUUGGCGAUCGAGGUCAAACGCCGUGCUCGGACGGCGCACACAGUGUGCGAGAUGGUUUUGGCCAGGUGGGGCAAGCGUGCGCACCUGACUUUCCUCUUCUUCGCGCUGUUGGCCAACGUACUCGUGACGUCCAUGCUGCUAAUGUGCGGUGCUGCCGCAGUAACUGCGCUGACGGGCGUGGAUACGAACCUGGCAUCCUUCCUGAUUCCUUGGGGUGUGAUCCUUUACGCAGCGGCAGGUGGCCUGAAG